AUGGAAAAGACAGAAUGUGAUCGCUCCAUAAUAUGGCAAACAAAUAUUCAAUAUUAGUGUUGUGGUUUAUGUACAGUUUCGGAGUGGCGUACAUCUUUACUCCGACAGUGGAGUUGAGUGGGGGCAAGCUGCGAGGACUGAGUAGCUUGUCUGGGCAAAACCGGUACUACGGUAUACCUUACGCAGUUAGCGACAGAUUUCAGCCUCCAAGUGAACCACCGAGAUGGGACGGCAUCUUCAAUGCAGUGAGACGAUUUGGGCAUUGCGCUCAAGCAGUGUCGUUCCUACGAUUAGGUUCCGAACAGUGCCUAGAAUUAGACGUCUACGCACCUGAAAAGGCUAAACGCGGAGACAAUCUACCAGUUCUAGUAUUCCUCCAUGGCGGAGCGUACUAUUACGGGACCAAGGCACACUACGACCCUGAGUUUCUAGUCGCCAAAAACGUUAUAGUCGUCAUCGUCAACUACAGGGUUGGCGUUUUCGGUUUUCUUUGCAUCAACGGAGUAGCUAACCUAGGCCUGAAAGACCAAGUAGCAGCUCUCAGGUGGAUACAGAAAAACAUAGCCGCUUUCGGAGGAGAUCCGGACAACGUGACAAUAUCUGGUCAAAGUGCAGGAGCCAGCGCGGCAGCUAUGCACCUUCUAUCGAAAUCUAGUGAAAAUUUGUUUCACAAAGCAAUCCUUAUGAGUGGCACAGUAAUAUCACCUUGGGCUUACAACGUUGAACCUUAUAGACCUGCCUUCAAGGACGCUAACAAACUAAGAACAGUGACUAACGAAAUCGACGUAUUUAAUGUAUUUGCAAAUGCCUCAGUGGAGGACGUCCUCGGCAUCAGUGCUGAUGUUUCAUGGAAUACGAGGUACUUUAAAUAUUCGCCCUGCAUGGACUUCAAUAAUACCGACCCAUUUUUCCACGACACACCGUACAAUAGUAUAGUGUCAGGCAAUUUUCAUAAAGUGCCUAUGAUAGUCGGUUUUACAAGCUUAGAAGGUAUGUUAUUUUAUGGACUCAAUGAUGACGAAACCUUCAAAGAUUGGAACGAAAAUUUCGUAGAAAGGUUGCCUUCAAUAUUUUCGUGGUUGCCGCAGAAGGAAAGAAGAAAAGUAGCCAAGAGAAUGCGGGCUUAUUACUUUGGAAAAAAACGAAUAGACAGAGCUGUCGUCAAAGGCGUAGUGGACUACUACUCUGACUGGAUAGCAUACGCUUCUGUGGACUCAUUUGCACAGUUAAUGAGUGAACACUCCGAUCAGCCAGUGUACAGCUACAUGUUUGACUACGAAGGAGAUAGAAAUUUCGCCAAGUUUGUAUUUGGCAGCCGAACGAGACUUAAGGGAGCGUCGCACUCUGACGACAUUUUUUACUUGUUCAAGCCCGCAGGCAUUUCGCUGCUGUUGUCGCAACAGGACAAAUUGUGCAUAGACAGAAUUACGACCUUGUUCACAAACUUCAUGAAAUAUGGAGACCCAACACCGUCCAAGAGCAGGCUCCUGCCGGUGCGCUGGCCGCUAGCGAGAGAGAACAACUCAACGCAGUCACGACUGCUGCGUCUCGGCAGAUCCUGGCAAGUUAUAGACACACCAGAUUCACAUCGCGGACAGUUCAUGAGCAAAAUGCUGUGUACCCACGGGCUUAAAGGUUUCGUUCCCUGUAAUACCCCACGAGAUUUUCAGUAAACCAUUUUCGUAUGUAACGAAGUAUUUGUUAAUUCCUACUUAUUUCCGAAAAGCGUCCAUCCAACAAAUUAUAUUGUACACUACUCAAAGCGAACUGUCCACUGCACUCUCACAAAUAUUGAAAUUUAGAGCGCACUAGCGUAGGAAUUCAUACGGAAAGAUAAUAUGCUCGGCUCCCCAGCGCCCAAACAUUCGUGAGACAGAGAAUUUCCUUUGCAAACAGAAUGCUUCUGCAAGUCGCGCGGGUGUCGACACGAUUCUCACGAUAUGAAAUGAAAUAAACUAUAAAUCUACAAACACGCUCCAGGGCUCGCAAACAGUCCGCGCCGGGGCGUUUAUAAAUAUGCAGAUCAAAUAUUAAAAGGAGAGCCGCAAGACGAUUCCGACACAGACUACCCAUCCAUUCUCAUAUUGUGCCUCGGGAGAGAUAAAACGUUGUUUUAUCGAACUCUAUUCUCCUUACAUCACCUGGAAAAUUAGAAGGUGCAAACGAUUCCUUAUGUUGCAAUGUACGUACUACAGCGACCGUCCCGCGAAUCCGAAUGUUUCAGUUUAUUUUAGAGUAGGUACAUUUUUCUUCGCAGCUUUUCUACUAACAGCGAACGUUAAAAGUUAUAGUCUGUGGCGGCAGAAAGGAUGUUCCAUUUCUCGGGCUGAUGUACGGCAGGCGGCGAGCGCUGCGCUGCAUCGUCUCAGAAUAAAUAUUCUAUGUUUUCAUUCAAUUUCUCGCGGCGUCGGCCACCCGACGGACUCGAUCUCGGCCUCUCGCCGCGCUGUUUCAACUCAGAUAAC